CUUGAUACAGGAAGUUACAACCAGACUGACCCGGACGUCGAUAUAGAGGCCACAGAAUAUUCGCCAUUACAGAAGAGCGGUUGGAGAGCAAAGCUCCAGAUCCUGGCAAUAUGGGGCGCCACUUUGGAGAUUUGGCUAAGAUCAGGCAUGUAAUCACCUACAGCCUGUCCCCCUUUGAACAGAGGGCCUUUCCUAACUAUUUCUCCAAGGGAAUUCCCAAUGUCUGGAGACGAUUUACAGCAUCUGUCUUCAAAGUUGCACCCCCAAUGGUGCUGAUGUACCUGACCUACAGUUGGGGCAACCAUGUGCACGAACAAGGCAAGAAGAAGGACCCGAAAAUGUUUGAGAACGACGAGUAGAGAGAGGCAAAGGCUACUCAACAUAAAACUGUUUUAAAAUAUGUCCAAUGUCUGUUCUUGAACUGUCGCCAUCAAUAAAUGAAAUAUUUAUUUGUCGUCUUUACUCAUUGAAGGUAAAGAUAAUUGUUGAGAAAUGUGCUUAUUCUGGUUACACAUUGACUACUGACUCUUUAGCCAGUGCAUCAGAUAUCUAAGCACCAGUUUCCAGGAAUAGAUUGUCUUACUCAUGGGGAUGGAAUCAGACUGAAGGCAUAACAGGCGCUUCUACCAUGUUUGGUUUAUGUAGUGACUCAAAUGUUUCUGUAGAAAGAAUCCUAAGAAUUCUGAACUUACACUCACAGAAUCUCUGCUAAUAAUGAGGUUACAGUUCUGCAAAAUGCUGAAUGGAAAAGCUGAACUAAAUGCACAGUAAAAUGUU